AUGUCUACCCACUCGAACGAGUCAUCAGACUCUGAUUGUGAGAGCAUCGAAGAGCCUACGCCAUGUAAUCCCCAAGAGAUCAAAGGACAGUUCCUAGACUUCUACAACUUUCUGACGACCUUGCAUUUCGACAAAAAUGACUUGAAAGUGCCUCCUCGUGAGGGCUGGCCUCAUUUGACACCAGAGUUCUGCGCUCACUUCAAGGCCGAUCACACGAUCGAAGUCUUGCGACAUCUCCCGUAUUUUGACCAGCGAACAAAGAUCCACAUCCAUCGUGGGUCAACCUUGCUGGACUAUACGACUUUUACCCGUGAGGACUUCGAGAACGCUGUCGAGGAAUACGAAUUUGAUGACGAGUACUGGGGGAUGGAAGGCGAGAUUGAUCCAAAGCAUGUCUUUCUCAUAUCUCUUGGCAGUGAGCAAGGCACUAUUGGCUUAUGCCUGAAUGCUAGAGAUGGAGAAAUCAUCCAAGAACAAAUUGGCGUCUACGAAGGCGAUCAUCCCAUACAACAUUAUUUCGACUCGUUGAAGGACAUGUACCGGAGGUUGGAGCUUAUUGGACUUCCGAACAGACCUAUUAUCGACACGUGGGGUGUUCCAGAACCAGAACGUACAAUCAGCCUUGAAGAAGUUUGUGAAGAAAGCGAGCAGUUUCCGACGAAUCUUGAUAAACAAUAUCUCAGACAGUUGUUUCGAAAACACGGUUGGCCGGAUGCGUUCAGCAAAGAGGAUGCGGUGGAUGCGGUGGAUAACAUGAUAGACGCAAUUGAACGAACAGGGAAGAGAAGCGCAAAUUGGAAACUUUAA